AUUGUCUCCUGCACAAAAUGCCUCCUUGGCAGACACUGGCCACUGCGUCUGGACAUUAGGCCAGAGCUGCGUCCAGGAUCACGCUUUAUAACUGGAUCCCACAGCCAGGACGUGAUGGAAGUCCCCGACUGGAAGUUCCAUCUACGGGAGCGGAAAAAAAGAGAAGAGGAAGAGGUGAAGAGGAGAGACAGGGAAGAGGACGAUCGGCUUGCUAAGAUGCCUGCCUGGAAAAGAGAGAUCAUCCUACGACGGAAAGCCAAAGCUGAGGCAUCAGUGUUGGAGAAUAAAGUUGAAGUGGAAGGUGGGGAACAGGAGGAGAGAGAGAAGACAGCUUUCAUAGAGGAGGAGGAAAAAGAGAGUCGGGUCCUAAGGGAAAACAUUGGGCCGGUUCAGCAAAAUCCGUUUAUCCAACAGGAGAAGCAGAGGAGGAUCCCAGAGUACUCCUGCACAAAGUCCAAGCCUACCACAGAGCAACUAGUCCACCGCACUGCAAAGACAGAAGACAUAGUCAGAGAUCCUCAGCUUGCUAAUGAGGUGAAGGACCAAGAAGUUCGGUCAGAAGACCACCACCCUCUUUCUGUAGAGAGUAAGGGAAGGGUAAGCAGGUUGCUUUGCCGUUUUGGAGGCUCAAGGACAGAAGAUGAAAACAACGAUCCUUGUUUGCAGUGGAUAAAUGGAGAGGGAGGUUCACCAUCCAAGAUACAGUCGCCCAGUCCUGUUGUAUUAACUGACUAUGAGACCCAGGCCUCUACUGCUUUUGCCAGCCCUGUUCUUUCUUCUCCUUCCUGUCACCGAGCUGUCACGGGAAGUCAGACUUUAACUCAGGAAACCACUCUCUCCUCCCACGUCUCCCCUUCCUCUUCCUGCAUUGACUCUGAGCCAGCUGAGCUCUCGCCCUCUGUGGCCCCCACGGCCAUGAGUGCCUUCAGCAACAGGCCUAGCAUGACAGAAGAAGCCAGGUCUUUUCCUUUCCAGCUACGCCCAGCAUCUGCCAGCUCUCCCAGACAGUUCAAACAGACUACCCAGGUUUCACCAGCCCAAACAAGGCCAGAAACCUUGAAACCCAGUCCUGAGAAACCAGAGGAAGAUGGAGAAAGGGGUCUCAGUCCAUCCAGGGCUCCUGCCAACCUCCAGACCUUCAAAAGAGCUCCAGUGGAUAGCCAAGCCAUGCAGAGGAGGAAAGGCAACACCAUUACCGUCAACCCACGUAAAGCUCCCAUCUGUGAGAACGGUGUCGCAGCCACAGAGACUAAGACUCUGACGGCUAAGCCAGACUUAGGCAAGAAGCGGUAUCCAACAGUGGAUGAGAUCAAAGUGAUUGGUGGCUACCUGGCUUUGUCCAAGUCCUGCCUGGCUAAAAACACCCGGGACAAGAAAAAGAUGAACAUCUCCUUUCCCGAGGCCGAGCUUGAACGCACCUUUGAGUAUCCGUCUGAGAGCUCUCUGCAGGCAGAGUAUGGUCCCUGUGAUGAGCCCGAGGUCCCCAUCCCUCCACUCGCUCAGCAGGAGGAGGAUGAAGAGGAGGAGAGUGUCCUGUUGGGUCGCAUCUUAAGGAGGAAAGCUCUCAUAGUGGAUGAGUCUUGCAAGCGCUGAAGACCACACGCAAUGCAUUCUGGAUACAGAGCAACAAGUACCUGUGGAUCUGGGUUACUUUACCCAUGGAACUUCCAUGUUUACCGAUGAAACAAAGGCGACCUGCUCACAUCUGCUAGUUUACAAGUGGAUCUCUGUUACUUCCAAGACCAAGAAGCGGAACCAGUCUACCAAUGAAUGGUGGCUUAGCCUCUUGGCUCAGUAUUACCAGUGAUGAUCUGGUUACUGUUGAAGCUGCUGAGCUUUUAUACAAAAUUUUGGGUUCCAUUAAGACUUUUUGCUAUGGAUCGGAAUUGCUUAUUUUUUACCCCUGCGACUUGAUGGUUUACCAACCUUUUUAUGGACCUAGCUACUGCUCUACUCUUUGUUUUGUAGCGGAACUGGUAACAAUGACUUGUUCUUAUACAUGUUUCAGAGGUGAAAUUAGAUAUAGGUAACUAAGCACAAAAAAAUUAACCACGUUUUACUGUCCAUCUCACACAGUUCAAUCAAACUU